AGAUCUCACAUGGGGGAGAAGCCACAUUCCUGUCCUGAGUGCGGCAAAUGUUUUUUAAAGAAGUCCCAUCUUUCCAUACAUCGAAGAACUCAUACGGGGGAAAAGCCAUUUUUCUGUUCAGAGUGUGGGAAAUGUUUUUCAUUGAAGUCCUCUCUUCUUAAUCAUCAGAGAUUGCACACAGGUGAGAAGCUGUAUUCCUGUCCUGAAUGCGGAAAAUGUUUUGUAAAAAAAUCACAACUUGUCAUACAUCAGAGAGCUCACACAGGGGAAAAACCAUAUCUAUGCUCUGAGUGCGGGAAAUGUUUUGUUAAAAAAUCUGAACUUGUCAUACAUCAGAGGUCUCACACUGGGGAAAAACCAUAUCUCUGUUCUGAGUGUGGGAAAUGUUUUUCAAGAAAGUUCAAUCUUUACGGACAUCAGAGGUCUCAUACAGGUGAGAAGCCAUAUUCCUGUUCUUAUUGUGAGAAACGAUUUGUACAAAAAUCAGAACUUGUCAAGCACCAGAGGUCUCACACGGGGGAGAAGCCAUUUUCCUGUCUUGAAUGUGGUAAAUGUUUUUCACAGAAGUCCCAUCUUCACACACAUCAGAAAUUGCACACGGAUGAGAAGCCUUUUUCCUGUUCUGAGUGCGGGAAAUGUUUUUCACGGAAGUGCAAUCUUGACAGACAUCAGAGACUGCACACGGGUGAGAAGCCGUACUCCUGUCCUGAAUGUGGGAAAUGUUUUGUACAGAAAUCAAAACUCGUCAGACAUCAGAGGUCUCACCUAGAGACAAAACUGUUGACCAUAAUUAAUACUAUAAAUGUGGACGCAUGA